AUGCAAGCCCUCCAAUCCCACCUCAGUGUCCUCGAAGAGGCGGCCCAACGCUACCCCGACAGGCAUGCGUUCCGCAUUGCUGAAAUGUCCAAGUCAUCAACGAUGAUCAACACCUGGAUCCCUAAAUCGUACCGCGAAUUCCAUGCAGAUGUGGAACUGGCUGCAAGGUACUGGACCAAGAAGCUCUCAUCUAGUGGGCUCACCCCCCGAUCCGUUGUCGGUCUAUGGCUUGCCGGCAUGGACUAUUCUGACGUCGUUAAUAUCUACGGCAUGUCCAGGGCAGGAUUUGUCCCCCAACUCUUCAGUCUGCGUUUGCCAAGUCCAGAAGUAGUCUACGAGCUUCUCAACCGGGCCCACGCGAAGGCGCUUAUUUACGACCCAAGCUUCGAGAAUAUCGUAGUCGACCCUCCCGUACCGAGCGAGCGUGUAGCAUGCUUAGAAGAGCUAGAAAGCUGCUCCGAAGCUCCUCUGCCUCCCUUCCCAACACCGAAAUCGAGCGACCUCGUUUUCAUCUUUCAUACAAGUGGGUCAACAUCUGGUAGCCCGAAACUUGUUCCCUGCGAUGCGAAAUGGGUCAAUAGCGCAGUAUUCAAGUCAAAGGAGGCCAGUACCCCUGCAAGCAGGAACCCCAACAAACAGGACGUCAGCACCUGGAUGGGCAGUAUGUGCCACAUUGGACAAACGUUCAUGUUGAUAGGAUCACUACAACAUGGAGCUUGCACCAUUCAGCCGUCAAAAAUUGGAUUUUCCUCGGAAGAGCUCGUUGAAAUGAUCAACCGUUGUGAUUUGAACCGGCUACACCAAUUCGCUUCUUUCCUCAGUACACAUAUUCGCCACGCCCGCCAGAACCCGAAGUUGCUCGCUCAUCUGCAGAGCUUGGACACGAUCGCAUACAGUGGACUUCCCUUACCGCAGGAGGACGAAGAUUUUGGUUACCAGAACAAACUUAAGCUAAUCAAUCUUUUCGGAAGCACGGAAUGCGGGGCUAUGAUGUUGUCCCAGCGUACCUCGGGCCCCGAAGCCCGCUUCUUGAGUCCACUGAAGGGGUUAAAUUAUGGCUUCUUCUCCGCCGGUCCAGCACCAAAGUCCGAUGACGGAGUAGUCUGUGCGAACAGUCAACUCCUAGAGCUAGUUAUUCUCAGCGAUUCGCCCGAUUGCCCUCACGUCUCUCUCCGCAAGCCCGACGGGCAUUUUCACACAGGUGAUCUUUUCCUUGAAGCUCGACCAGGCCAGUAUCUUUUCCGUGGGCGCGAUGAUGACUGGAUCAAAAGUUUGAACAGCCUUCGCUGCGAUACUCGCGCGAUUGAGGACAACGUCCGCGCAACCUGCGGGGAUCUGGUGGACGAGUGCAUUGUUGUUGGAACUGGCCGCUCAUCACCAGCCUUAUUCGUUGAACCCGCGACUGAGAUGGAUCACGAGAAGCUUAAGCGCGAAAUUAUCAGACGUACUCGUGGCUUCCACGCCCGUCGGUAUCUGCACGAGCGUAUCAGUGAUCCCGAGCUUGUCAUCGUUGUAGAGAGCAAAGCCCUUCCCAGAACAGUGACAAAGGGCAACAUUCGCAGGAAGGCUGUAGAAGAGGCCUACAAGGAUCUCUUGGACGAGAUCUAUGACGAAGACUAA